AUGGUUGAUUUAUUAGUUGCGAAAGGUCCUAAAAGAGAUAAUUCUAUUGUGAAGGGUCCUAGAGAUAAGUUGAAUAGACGCUUUACGGCUAAUUUGUAUACUAGAGCUUUAGCAAAUGGAGAGAUGGGACAAUUAGCAAAUGAGGGUUAUAGUGAUUGGGUACAUGUUGGUGCAAGAAUUAAAGAGCACGGGUUAGCUUCUGUUAGUAUUGAGGAAUCAUUUUUAGGAUUUUUGAAUGUGAAUGAUACAACUGGUCAAGAGUUUUUUAAUGUUUUACAAAAUGAAUUGAAAGAACUGGGUCUCGACCUAUUUAAUGUGAGAGGGCAAGGUUAUGAUAAUGGGAAGAAAACAUCAAGAAUUUUUUUUGGAGUUAUUCAACGCAUUUAUACAAUUUUUGCCAAUUCUACUAAGAGAUGGAAAAUUUUGAAAGAUAAUGUAAAAGGGUUGACUCCAAAAUCAUUGUCAUCCACUUGUUGGGAGAGUCGUGUAGAAAGUGUCAAAGCUAUAAGAACUCAAAUGUUAGAUUUUACAGAAGCUUUACUUGAAGUGUCAAAAAAUGAUCUUGAUCCUAAAAUACAAAAUGAAGCUAAAUCCUUAGCAACAAAUGAGCUUGGUGAUUUUGAGUUUUUGAUGGCCAUAAUUAUUUGGUUUGAAAUAUUAUUUGCAAUUAAUUCCGUUAGAAAGCUUUUACAGGAAAAAGAUAUGCUUAUUGAUGUUGCUAUGAAAAACAUAAAGGGGUUGAUUUUAUAUUUUGAGGAAUAUAGAGAAACAGGUUUUUAUAAUGCAUUGGUUAACGCUAAGGAAAUUGCGGUGGAAUUGAAUAUUGCCCUAACAUUUCCUCAAGGGCGUAUAAUUAAAAGAAAAAGACAAUUUGAUGAGAAUUUGAAUAUUCUAGAAGUCGAGCUAUCAGAAGAAGAAUCUUUUAGAGUUAAUUAUUUUCUUUACCUUGUUGAUCAAGCUGUUGUUUCUCUUAAUAAGAGAUUUGAGCAAUACCAAGAGUAUGAAAGUAUUUUUGGUUUUUUGUUUACUUCUCACAAGUUACAAUCAUUGGAUGAUGCGACUUUGAAGUCUUGUUGUAGUAACUUUGAACAAGUAUUGAAACAUAAUGAGCAAUUUGAUAUUGACGGGAAUGAAUUUUUUGCAGAGUUGAAGUUACUAAGAGAAAUGUUGCCUGAAGAAACCAUAAGACCUACUGAUAUAUUAUUAUUUUUGAAAGGCUUAGAUUAUUUUCCUAAUACAGUUAUUGCAUAUAGAAUUUUAUUGACUAUUCAUGAAAGGCUUAAUGGAUUGGCAUUAAUAGCAGUGGAAAAUGAUAUUUUGGAGACAAUAAAAUAUGAAGGUUUAGUUAACGAAUUUGCUUCAAAAAGUGUUCGUAGGAAGGCUCUUUUUAAGUAG